UCUCAUCCUUCUGAAUUCUAAUCGUGUUCUGCUUCUCUGCUACUGCUGAGAGAUGGCCUACGCUGCAGUUGCUUCCCUGGUACAAACGCUGGAGUAUCUGCUGCAAUUUCCCUGUUUGGUUCUGGAAAUGAAGAAGAUGCAAGCGGAGGUUGUCACACAGAGAUUCCGUCAAGUCUUAUUGCUCCUGAAAGGAGAACCCUCAGCUUCGUCGAGCUCAGGUUUACAGCAAUUAAGCGAAGAACCUGAAACUCUGGCAUCCAGCUUUGAAGGAUUUCUUGGGGCAGUUGGUCCGCAUGCUGACUUCUUGGAGAUCAAGAAAAGAACAGUGUCCUUGAGCUGCGGAAUACCAAAAUUGCAGGAAAAAAAGCCACCAAUUCUGACGGAAAUUGGAUCUUUGGAGCAAGACCUGAAGAAAUUUCUGGAAACCACUGUCCUCGACAUCCGGACAGAUCUAUCCAACUACGUUGUUCAUCAACCUUCUCGUGAAGCAGCAAGAAAAAUGCUUCGGGCCGUGGAUAAGCUCAAACAGGCCAUAAUCUUUUUCUAUGAAGUUGCUUCUGAGAUCACAAUUCUCUACCAGGAUCUUUUCUCCUUGCUGAGUUUUCUUGAUGAUUCUUCUGAUAAAUUCCAGGAUCAUGAAUUGCUGAAAUGCAUCAAAGACGUUGCUUAUAGAGCAAGAGAUCUUGUUGAAGAAUGUAUCUUGGACAAUCAAGUCGAGUCAGUAAAGACGUACCUCAUUUGCACUUUGUCCAAUAGUGAGUCACCAUCUAGAUUCCUACAGCAGGCAGUGGGGAAAAGUUCUCUUGAAACUGUGGUCAAGAGUGCCUUAGAUGGAAAGAAGGGCAUUCGUCGAGGUUUAGUUCAUGCAUUACAGGAUGUUCAAUCUAUCAAGAGAAUGACUACAAAUAUAGAUGAAAAGAGUCUAAGAUUGCAGGGAUCAAGCGUCAGGAAAGCACCACUUAGUUCGAAUAAGGAGGAUAUUGUGGUAGGUCUUGAUGCUGAGCUGACGACUAUCUUGGAGGGGCUCACUGGACUGCCAGGACUAGAAAUAGUGACAAUUUCUGGGAUGGGCGGCAUUGGUAAGACAACUCUUGCUAGAAAAGCUUUUAAUGAUCCUUAUAUUGUUUAUCACUUCUAUUGUCGUGCAUGGAUAACAGUAUCCCAAGUCUAUCAAGUGAGAGAUUUGUUACUAGGCCUUUUGAGCUCCAUUGCACGGUCCACUGAUAAAAUGGUUGAGAAGAGCAAUGCUCAAUUAGCUGAAGUUGUAUACAGAAGUUUGAAAGGUAUGAGGUAUAUGAUUGUUAUGGAUGACAUGUGGAGUAUUGAUGCUUGGAAUGAUGUCAAAAGAUGUUUUCCUGAUGACAAAAAUGGAAGUCGAAUAGUAGUUACAACUCGGUUCAUGGAGUUAGCAACAAAUGUGAGCCCCAAAAAGCCACCUCAUUGCAUGAACCUUCUGAAUACAGAACAAAGCUGGGAACUAUUGGAAAUGCUCAUCUUCGGGACAGCAAGCUGCCCCCAAGAAUUGGUAGGAGUUGGAAAAAAAAUAGCUAAGAGAUGCCGGGGAUUACCUCUAGCUAUUGUCGUUGUUGCUGGUGUUCUCUCACGUGUCAUCAGGGAAUACAAUUAUUGGAAUAAUAUUGCAGAGGAGGUUAGCUCAGUUGUUUCUACUGAUCCAGAAAAUUGCUUAGAUAUACUUGCUUUGAGUUACAAUUACUUGCCCCAUCACCUGAAAGCCUGCUUCCUCUAUAUGGGGAUUUUCCCUGAAGAUUGUGAGAUUGAAGUUUCAAAAUUGAUUAAUUUAUGGGCUGCAGAGGGCUUCUUAUAUUUGGAUUCAGAGAAACAGUUGGAACAGAUUGGAGAGGAUUACUUGGAAGACCUUAUCGCAGAAACUUAG